AUGGAGAUUAUGAAUCCAGGCCCGUCAUCUCACCAGACAACGGUGGCCGAUAAAUUACGUUCGAAAGAUGCAGCACGGCGCUUUAAAUACGGUUCACCGAAGCUGGUCGAUCUGAUGCGCGAGAAAUGCCGGAUCCGCAUCAAGGAAGCACGCAACGAUCAGUUCCUGAAGAAACGAAACAUCGUUCUGGAAGAGAAAACGUUCCUGGAAUCCAUUGUGCGGGAGGAACUUUCCGAGCUGGAACACGACAUAGCGCUGCAGGAACUGAUCUACAAGGAGCUUAUGGAAGAUACGGAACAAUGGUUGUUUCUCGAGCAAGCGGAAAAUUAUCUCAUCGAUUCGUAUGAAACCGACACAGUGUUUUGUCCCAUAUGCGAGCACAACGUACUACAAUUUGAUAGCAGAGCCAAGCGGCUCAGCUGUUCCUGCGGUGUCCUGCUGCAAUACGCAGGAACGAUGGAAACGUUCGGCAAGCUUGUAUCGGAAACGAUCGCACAACAUGCAACGCGUUGCGCAAGUAAUCUGCAGUUUUUUACCGAACCUAUCGUGGAUGUAGAUUUCGUGCAGUUGAACGCUUUCUGUCUCGGAUGUGACUUUUACCGCGAUCUGACGAGCUAA